CACCGUUAAACUUCAUUCUCAAUAAAGUACAUGCACAAGUACAGCGAGGAUGUAUCACAUCGUAGUACCAUUAUUCGUGCAUCAUGCAUCGUUCCCGCUGUGUGAAGCCUUGCCCUUCUUGUGUCACUCCCAUGCGAAACCCCACCUAUGCUUCGUCGACGCCGCGUUAAGCCUCCCGAGUUCUUGGUCAUCUGCACGAGACAAACAAAGGAGAUUAAAGUCAAUAGUGCGUCCAAGACAUAGGGUUAGCUCCUUCUUCACUACAGUUGGUCUAUGCUUGAUGCCACGAGUUGCGUGUAAUGACAGAAAGAUGGGUGCAAAGACCUGGGGUACGUGCGAUGAUCAACAAGUCGACAACCAAAGCACCUCACCAACGAAAUCGAGUGCUUGCGUCGUCCGCGAGGCCGUUGUGAAUCGCCACCCAUUCUUCCACUUGUCUGGUGUCAACAGCUUAGCUUCCCCCACAGUAAAUGAUACGGAGACGCCGCUGGAACCAGCUAUCGAAAAAGCGCUCUAGCCUACCCACAGGCCACCUUGUUGAAAUAAAUGGGGGCCAUCAGGACAGCGUUAUCCGCUGGUCUCGUCGACCUCGUUUCGCUGGAAAGAGUC